CUGUGAUGGACGAUGAUUUCGGUCCAGACAGGAAACCUCCAUUUUCGCAAUUGCGGAUCUGAGACCCUAGAGAUCGAUGCUUCAGAUAUCAAAUGGUGGACGGCGCAAGAGAAAUGAUAGGUGAUGAUGCUUCGAAUUGGUCCGAACGUGUAUUGCUUGCAAAAGUCCUGAGACAUGUAGUCACCAAUCCGAGAUUGCUUAUAUUCGUCAGGUGGCGCACUAUGGUGGUGGCAUUCGUGAUGGAAUUGCUUGAGGAAUUUCGAAUCUUGCCGUCGCUGUACAUUUGGUCUCCUAUCAUCCGCCGCCAGCUUGACAUCAGCUGCUCUUCUCCCUGUAGCUCUUGCAAGCCUUCGCCAUGACAUCCUCUUCUCAACCAAGCAAUGCUUCGUUUGAGCCACGACAUCAGUUUCCGCAAAUACCCUCACCGACUGGAUACAAUCAAGAGAAGUCUGCAAAUCCAUUCUUGACCCCCUAUGCGUCGCAAGAUCCUUCAAGAAAUACCUCUUCGGCUGCUUUGGACCAGAGUGUAGCAACACAGAGAUACUUUCAUUCUCGAAGAGUCAAGAAAGGGGAGAUUGAGCGCCCAUGGACCAAGGUGAAAGAUCCGAAAGAGAAAUGGGUUACAAUCAUACCGCUCAUUGGUAUGCUCGUCGGAUUCAUCAUCGCUGGGUACAUGGUUUGGGACGGUCUUUCAACAGUUGUGAACCACAAGUACUGCCCUGUCUACAUGAGUGAUUUUCCAAACAGUGGCUUGGAAUCCGACAUCUGGACCAAGGAAGCUGAAGUUGGUGGGUUCGGCAAUGGCCAAUUCGAAGAGACCACAGUCACGACGGAGAAUGUGUUCAUCCAGGACGGAAUGCUGCAUAUCAAGCCAACGCUGCAAGAUGCAAGCCUGAUCGAGAAGAACAGUGUGAUCAACCUUCAAGUCGACGGGAUUUGCACGUCUUCACUCUGGACCAACUGUAUUACCGGCACAAACACCACGAAUGGCACCAUUGCAAACCCUGUCAAAUCUGGGAGGAUCAACACGAAGAAGGGUGCAUCCAUCAAGUACGGCCGGAUCGAGGUCGAAGCUAAAUUGCCUGCCGGCGACUGGCUGUGGCCAGCAAUCUGGUUGCUCCCUGUGAAAAAAGUGUACGGCGAAUGGCCGGAAUCUGGUGAGAUCGACAUCGUCGAGUCUCGCGGCAACAACUAUACCUACCCACAAGGAGGCAACAACAUCGUGUCGAGCUCGUUACAUUGGGGUCCCGACUCAGUCAACGACGCCUGGUGGAGGACCAAUGUGAAGAGGAAUGCUCUGCAUACCACAUUCGGGAAGAAAUUCCAUACAUUCGGACUUGAGUGGUCAGAAAAAUACCUCUUCACAUACAUCGACACUCGGCUACUCCAGGUGUUGUACACCACCUUUACCAAAGGAGGUCUUUGGGAACGUGGGCACUUUCCUGAAGCCAACAGCAACGGCACCAAGUAUGUUGAUCCUUGGUCGCAGACAGGAAGACCUUCGACACCAUUUGAUCAAGACUUCUAUCUCAUUAUGAACGUUGCUGUUGGUGGGACCAAUGGCUGGUUCCAAGAUGACAAGAAUGGUAAGCCAUGGGUUGACGAGAGUCCAGAUCCACGAAAAGACUUUUGGAAUGCUAGAAACAACUGGUAUCCGACCUGGAAUCAGAGUGGAGAGAUGGUGGUGAAAAGUGUCAAGAUGUGGCAGCAAGAGGGUUACAACGGUUGUCCCUAAGCUGGUCAGCCAGGCCAUGUGACAGGGUGAGUGAGAAGAAGGAGAAGAAUUUGUGAAUGAAGGAUGGAUGAUAGUAAAAGAGAAUUGAAAGAAGAGAUGGUCUAACGUGGUGUUUGUAGAAAAGAAGAAGAGAUUCAGUUCUUGGCGCGCUUUUGUUGACAUUGUUUCGGACCUCUUUUCAAUAUCUGUUCGGGCUUGAUCUUCUGCUUAUGCACUUUUGAUCACUGAAUCCAGGGAUGAGAUUCCAUAUACCUUCUUGAAAUAUGGCCAGAAGAUCGGUCAAUCAUUCAUACCCUAUCCAAUGCCUUGAUGCCCCGCCAAACACGUAUCAC